AACUCCCAAGAAAAGACCUGUGGAAUCUCUCUCGCCUGCCUUUCUUUCUCACGCCCGAAAACCGGAAGGAACACAAGGGAGGAGGAGAAAUACCAGAGAAAUUCGACGACGAGGAGAAACGGACGAGAUUCCAAUUCUGUUGCUGCUGCGCGGCGCGGUGCGGUGUUCGUGGCGUUAACGCGGGAUCGCCGGCCGUGGAUUUCGACGGCGGGACAUGGCCGUUAAGUUGAAGUCUGAUCCGGCAGACGUUUCUUAUCGAUUGUCAGAGACGGUUAUGGUAUUCUUCAACUGCCGCAUUGUUCGUGACCCUACUUGAAAAAGUAAAACAAAAACGAGGAAAAUUGUAUUGAGUCCUCCGAUUUUUUUUGUUUUUGAUUUUUGAUUUGAUUUGAUUAUCGGGUGGAUAAAGUGGCGAGAUGAUGAUGGUGAAGGGUGGUUGGUGGUGGGAGAAGGUGCGGAGGGGUGUACGGACGGUUUAUUUCAUGGUUGUGAUGGUGGCGUCGCUUUUGGUGGUGUCUUUACCGGUCGUGGUACCGAUAAUUGACAUCCUUUUGCCUUGCUUGUUGAUUCCGAGCUUUACGUGUGUAAAAUGUUACACAUUUAGGGAGCAUUUGCGGAGAUACGCUUUCAAGAGCUCGCUCAUGGACAUUCCGGUUAUUUCCAUCCUAAGAUCCCUCAUAAUCACCUGUGUAUAUUUUUUGUGCAAUGGACAAGCACUGUCUCAUGGGCCCUAUCUAGGAACUGUAACAUUCUGCUCUUUUGUUUCGACCCUGCUUCUUUCCAUAAAGGCUUGUGUUUUCACAUUCAAUUCCCAGCUUGAGGCUGAAGCUUCGACUUCCCUCUCAAGGAGGAGGCUCCAUCUAAAGAAGUCUUGGGGAAUGCCGGUCUUAUUUCUCUCGUCUGUAGUCUUUGCUUUGGGACACAUUGUUGUGGCCUAUCGAACAAGUUGCAAGGCGAGGAGGAAACUUAUUUUCCACCGUGUAGAUCCAGAAUCGGUUCUUUCAGGAAAAACGGUUUUCUCUAGUUAUCAAAAAGUUCCACGAUCCCCAACACCAUCUGCUGGGAAGUCUUUCAGACGUGACAAUGAAACAAGGAGAAAAACACCAGGGUCGCUGCCUGGUGAUGAGGAAGUUCCAAUAAGUUUACUUGCUGAUGUAGACAGCUUAUUUAUUUCCUGCCAAGGGUUAACGGUUCAUUACAAGAUAGCCAUGCCUUCUCCUUACCGUUCUUUGUCAUCCACAACUUGUUUUGACAAGUUUUCACUAAGCAUACCACAGAAAACUCAAUAUAGUUUACAUAGGAGUAUCAGCAACCAAUUCCACAGUAGCGUCUCCCCACUUUAUACGCCCCUCCUAGACAGCUCCCCAGCGUCACCAUUAUCUGAAGAUAUCCCUAUUUUGAGCUUAAACGAGACUUGUGAGGAGGAUGAUCAGUGCAAACUGGGAUCUCCACCGCCGGAACAAGAUCUAGAGGCAAACCCUCAAUUGGGGAUUGUUUUAGUCCAUGGAUUUGGAGGGGGUGUCUUCGCAUGGCGACAAAUAACGGGCCUUCUGGCAAGGCAAACUGGUUGUGCUGUAGCUGUUUUUGACAGGCCUGGGUGGGGUUUAACAUCAAGGCCACGGCAGAAAGAUUGGGAGGAAAAUCAAUUGAAUAAUCCUUACAAUAUUGACAGUCAGGUGGACCUGCUUAUUUCAUUUUGCUUGGAAAUGGCAUUUUCAUCUGUUAUUAUUGUUGGGCAUGAUGAUGGAGGACUGCUUGCUCUGAAGGCUGCACAAAAAGUUCAGUCAUCAAAAAAUGGUAUCAAUCUCGAAAUAAAGGGGAUUGUACUACUAAACACUAGCUUAUCAAGAGAAUUGGUCCCCUCCUUUGCGAGGAUAUUGUUACGUACUUCUCUCAGGAAGAAGCAUUUGGUGCGCCCCCUUCUUCGAACAGAAAUAACUCAAGUGGUGAAUCGGCGUGCUUGGUAUGAUCCAACCAAGCUAACCUCUGAAGUGUUAAGCCUAUAUAAGGCACCAUUGCAUGUAGACGGUUGGGAUGAAGCACUUCAUGAAAUUGGGAAACUUUCAUAUGAAACGGUGCUAUCAGCAGAGGAUGCAGCGUCGCUGCUGAGAUCCAUUGAUGAGCUACCAGUUUUAGUUAUUGCGGGGGCAGAAGAUGCCCUUGUCCCUGUUAAAUACGCUCAAACCAUGGCUUCUAAAUUUGUAAAUUCUAGAGUGGUGGCAAUAUCUGGUUGUGGCCAUCUUCCACACGAGGAAUGCCCAAAAGCACUGCUGGCCGCCAUGUCGCCCUUCAUUUCAAGGUUUUUGCUCAAAUCAGAAGUGCAAAGCCAAUAGACAAGACAAGAGAGGCGGCGGCGGCGGCGGCUAUGGCUUUUUUAGGGUGAGUAGAGCAGAGCAGAGGGCGUGCUUCCUUUAGAUGUUUGCGCAUCGAAGUCGAAAUCAAAAUCAGAUUUAGGGAAGGGAGUGAAGGAGUGAGUGAGGUGAGUAAUUCAUCAUCCUAUUCCUAAGUUGAAUUAAAUUAAAUUAAAUUAUUAGAAGAAGAGGAUGGAUAGAUGAGAUGAGAUGAGAUGAGAUGAGAUGAUGCAGCAAGCAAGCAUUCUAUUCUAUUUCAAUUUUGAUAGUUGUGAUCUAUUUAUUGUUUGUUUGUAUUAUUUAAUUCAUAAGUUUGAUUUCAAUCAACCCAACCCGAUGCUCUAGUUUUUGUUCCUUUGCUGCAUUGCUUCUUCAAAUUUGUAAAGUUGUAUGUAGUAGUAACUAUUGCGAGUUAAAUCAUUUUCUAUAUAUUUCAAUGUCUGUUUAUUUA